CUGGAAUCGUUCCCGUCGCGGACAUUGAUGUCAACAUAGUGGUAUAUGCCGCUUGGUCUUGAAUUUGUAAAAAUUACAAUCGAGUUAGGAGACAUUUCUAUCCCCGAGAAAACUACUUUCAUAUAUAAAAGGACGCAGAUGAACACUGAAUUCCAAUUCAUCGGCUACAAGAGUCUCCUGCAAAGUUGAUAUUCACUGAAAGUGUCAGAAUCCAACCCUAUUUUCGACUGCAAACAUGUCCGCAGCCUACCGCAAAAUUGUAAUUAUUGGAGGAGGCGGCAACAUGGGGCAGAUAGUCCUUCGCGGCUUGCUCAGUGCACCACAGUUCACAGUAACGGCUCUCAAGCGGCCUAACAGUACUUCGAAGUUUCCAGAAGCACCCAACCUGAAGGUUUUAGAGUGCGAUUUUAGCCCCGAAUCUUUGGCUGCGGUGUUUGCUGGGCAAGACGCGGUCAUCAGUAUUCUUGGUGGCACGGGUUUUGGAGAUCAAAAGGCUUACGUCGACGCCGCCGUGAAAGCAGGAAUCAAGCGUUUUUUCCCCAGCGAAUUUGGUGUCAAUGGACAGAGCAAAGUCGUCCAGGAAAUAACACCAUUCUUUGCGGUCAAACAAGAGGUUCUAGAUUAUCUUGUCGAGAAAGAAAAGACAGGAAUGACGUGGACUGCUCUCAUCAUCGGAGCGCUAACUGACUGGUGCAUCGCAAACGGCUUUUUGGGGUUCGAUAUAGGUUCAAAGAAAGCGCUCAUAUGGGAUGACGGGAACACUCGAUUCAGCGGCCUAAAUGAAGAUGAUUUGGGGAAGGCGGUCAUUGGCUGCCUUGAACAUCCAGAAGAGACUGCGAACAAGGUCGUGUACGCCUCAACCAUGGCGACGACUCAGAAUGAGAUUCUUGCCGCGCUUGAAAAAGCAACGUCCGCAAAGUGGGACGUGGAGCGGAAGACUACAGAGCAGCAGUUGAGAGAAGCUAGGGAAUCGCUUGACAAGGGCGAUUUUGCGGGAGCGUUUACAAUGGUCAAGGCCACUCUACUUGGGAACCUACCUGGCCUUGAGCAGCAUUACGAAGUGGAUGUGAAGGAUAAGCUGGCAAACGAUAUACUCGGUCUUACUAGGGCAAGUCUCGAGGAGACCGUGAAUCGCCUCGUCGCUGGUCAUUCUUAGGAUCGUCGAUGUAUGUCAUUGCAAUUUGAGGAUAGAUAAUUGGCCGGAAUCAUGAGCGGGUGAUUGCAACAGCGCAGUGUCGAAUUCAAAUUCUC